UCCUCCUCUCUACCUUCCCUCUUCCUUAUUUCCUCUCGCCGUAUCCCACCUCUCCAAAUUUCCAUGCGAACGAGAUCGAGAUCGAGGGAGAAGAACUCGAGCGGGCAGUUGAAGCCGGGCCAUGGGAGUUUUGCUGUAACCGGAGUCGAGGGCGUGUGAUCAGGGGCUGAAGGAACAUAUCGACGCCAGAGAUUAGCAACUGGACUGGAACUUCAGUCCUCCUCAUUAGGAUUUGUCUAACAUGCCACGCCCACUGAAUGCAGAAGAGGAAGAACCCAAUACGGAGGUUCCCCAAGAGGAUUUGUCUAACAUGCCACGCCCACUGAAUGCAGAAGAGGAAGCACCCAAUACGGAGGUUCCCCAAGAGGAUUUGUCUAACAUGCCAUGCCCACUGAAUGCAGAAGAGGAAGAACCCGAUACGGAGGUUCCCCAAGGGGAAAUGCCGAGAGCAUUGGAUCCACUUUCAGUUGUUGAGGUUCUGCCUAAUAACAAGCGGAAGUCUAACUUCUGCGAGAAUGAGUACGUUGGAGACACGAAGAGGAUCAAGGCGCAGUUUGCUGGGGUAGGAUCAGAAGCACCAGAGGUGCUGAAGGGUGAAAGAGCAGUGGAAUCGAGCAAGAGACAAGGCAAUGAUGAAGGUUCAUCCAACCUCACACAGAGUUUGCAUCAGCCCUUGACUGUGGGCAGUGAAGUUGCUCGGUGUAAGACUUCAUUUGUUGCCAUGCCGUACCUGAGCUAUGGUGCAGGUUCGUCAGCCUUUCUUCCAUCGGCUGAGACGAAUUUUCCCAAUCAGUCUGGUUCUGCUUUAACCAACAUACCACGCCCGCUGAAUGCCAAAGAGGGAGAACUCAAUACAGAGGUUCCACAUGGUGCGAGAACGCAUCUUGGACUGGCUAAGAGUCAACGAGGUACCCGUGGGCUUGCCGACGCGAAUAUGACGUCUCUCAAAAGAAAGCUGGAAGAACUCAUCAGCAGUCGCCGAGCGGACAUGAACGAGCUGAAGUCGAAGUGGACGAGGACAGAAGAAGAAUAUGGGAGUGUGGUUCGGGCAAUCAGAGAAGGAAUAUCUUUUCCACCGGAGAAAGUAGCAGAGGUGGAAGGGCUGUGCAAAGAAGUCGAACAGAUUCUUUUAGUUCCAGGAAGAUUUCGGCAAGAGGCGACGGUUAGAUGUCGCAAAACAUCUCCCUCGGUGACAAUAGAAGAAUUAGUAGGCAAAGAAACUCUGCAGAAGGUGGAUGAGAUUGUUUGCUUUAUAAUGCAGAGCAAGGAUUUCGUAAUUGGUGUUUAUGGUAUGGGCGGAGUGGGCAAGACGGCCAUUUUGAGGAAUGUCUAUAAUAGACUCCUUGAGUAUCGUGCAUUGGAUGUAUUCUGGGUUGAUGUACCUCAGGAUUUUAGUGUUUAUGCGCUACAAGAAGCGAUUGCCAAUGCAGUCGGACUAGACAAUCUUUCAAAUGAGAAGGACUUGAAAAGAAGGGCGGGCCUAUUGUGUGGACAUCUGAAGGUGAAGAAGAGACCCAUCCUUAUUUUAGAUGGCCUUUGGAUGCACUUUGAAGUUAAGGAUGUGGGUAUUCCGGUUGGAAUGGGCAGACUACGGUUGGUAGUGACAACUCGAUCACUAGAUGUGUGUCGUAUGAUGCUCUGUCAAAAGCAAAUGAAGAUAGAACUUCUCAAGGAGGAAGAUUCUUGGAGGUUAUUUUCAAGGACGUAUGGCUUUGCGGGAGAACUAUCUGGGGAAGUUGGACAAAUUGCAAGGUCUCUUAUUAAUAGGUGUUCUGGUCUGCCACUUGGGAUCAUUGAGAUUGCAACUCGCAUGAGAGGAGCGGAAGAGCAUGAUUGGAGAUGCAUGUUGCAAAAUUUAGAAGACCUAAGGCUGGAGCUUGACGUGUUCAAGAGACUGCAGCUCAGUUACUUGAACUUGGGUAAUGAACAAGUGCAACAGUGUUUCCUGCAUUUAAUCCUUUGUUUUGGAGAUUUCCUUUCAGCAGAUGGCAGAAAGUUUUACAUAGAGUCUUUGAUAGAUGAGGGUUUGUUAGGUGGAAUUGCCACCAGGAAUAGACUGUACGAACGGGGUAACGAAAUAUUGGGUAAAAUAGAAGGGGCUGGCCUGUUGGAUUUUGAAGAAGGGGAUCGGUGUCUACACCCAUUGACAAGGGACAUGGCAUUGCAUAUGGUGCCGAGCACAACUCACAUGUUUAAGGCCAUUAUGGGUUUGAGAGAAAUACCGGAGGACGUAUUCUGGACCGAUCGUCUAGAGAAAGUCUUUUUACAUGGCAACAAAAUAGAAGAAAUCCCAUACGGCAUAUCGCCAAAUUGCCCUAAACUGACGAGGCUGUCUUUGGAUAGCAAUUCCACCUUGGCAGUCAUCCAUGGAUCUUUCUUUGGACAUCUAAAGGGGCUGACUGUUCUAGAUCUCAGCUGCACCGGAAUCACGGAAUUACCGGACUCCAUCUCUGAGUUGGAGAGCUUGGAAGCACUGUUACUGCAAGGUUGUUCCUCAUUGCGUUUUAUUCCUUAUGUAGGAAAGUUGCGAUCCCUAAGAAAGUUGGACCUCACUGAGUGUAGAAGUCUUGGAGAAGUGCCAGAGGGCAUGGAGAUGUUGGCAAACCUGAGGUGCCUCGCCCUACUUCUUGCAGAGAUCCAGACAUUACCGGAGGGAGUGUUGGGGAAGCUGGUGAACUUGCAAUAUCUCUCGAUUAAUGAGCUAAGGGUGGGAGAAGAGGUAAAAUUACUGGAGGUGGAGGAACUUUAUUGUUCUGUUUCCGAUGUGGAAACAUUCAAUGCAUGCGUGGGGUGUCUUGAGCGAAAUGGAUCCGCACGCUACAGGCUCAUGAUGGGUGAACGAAGCGGUGAGGUCCUUUGGUGUGGGAUUGACACUGAGAGGUUGUUACUCAUUGAUAGUUGCGACCGUAUCGCCGGGAGUGUAGAUGGAACAAGUGGUGAUGGCUGCGUUCUGCUUCCGGAAAGUGUGCAAUCAUUGGUAUUGUCCCGGUGUCAUAAAAUGAAGAGAGUGAUGGAAUGGGAGUGGCUGACUGCUCACCUUCCAAAUCUGGAGGAGAUUGUAACCAUUAGUUGUGAGAACUUAGAGGAGAUAAUACAUGGGCCAUUGCCAAGUGAAGCCACUUGUCGCCUUAGACAUCUUGAAGUAAAUGGAUGCAACAACAUGAAGAGGGUGCUGCUGACGCAAGACAUGGUGCUCCAUCUCCCUUUCCUCGAAGAUAUAGUAGUCCAAGACAGCAAGGGCAUAGAGUUGAUAAUGGGCACUGUUGCCAAAAUGACGUACUUCUCCUUCCCGAAGUUAAUGAACCUGGUUCUACAUAAACUUCCGGAACUGAAGAGUGUAUGUGAUGGGAUCAUGAGAUGCAAUUCCCUCCAGAGGGUUUCUAUAGACAAUUGUCCAAAACUGAAGAGGAUUCCUCUGCAGCUGCCCCUGCUUGACAAUGGGCUGCCUUCUCCUCCCCCUUCUCUUCGAGAGAUUCGGAUAAAUCGGCAGAUGUGGGAGUCGCUUGAGUGGGAUCAUCCCCUUGCCCGUUCUUCACUUGAACACUUAAUCAAGUUUCUUGACUGAUGAAAGCGAUGGAGGAUCCUUUUGAGUAUGAAUCGUCUUCUGAUGGCAGUGGACAUCAACCUCAACGCCAUUGCUACAUCAAUGUGCUCGAUUUAUGUUUAAAGUACCUCUGAACUUUGUGAUGACAUAUGGUUAAUUCAUGCCUUAUUUUAUAAUCUAUGAUAACUACGUCAGGUUUCUGGAGUCUUGGGUUUGUAUUAUCCCUUAUUUCUACCUCGUGAAACAUUUCUCUGUCCCCCCCCCCCAACUGACUCGUUUAAAGAAUUGAUGUGGAUAUGAAUUUGAUUGUCUACUACUUUAAA